CCCCACCCCAUCCUCCUCCCAUCCGCCCGCCCCUCUUUUCAAUUAGCCCAUGAUGGGAGGACUAAUACAAUCUGGGGUAAGUACAGCUCGCCCGGAGCCUCCGCUCUCAGUCUGCCCCAGACUCCGCUCAGGCGCACUCUCCUCAGACAGGAAGCGACCCUGGGUCAAAAUGACCGAGCGCUACGACUGCCACUACUGCAAGGAGUCCCUGUUUGGGAAGAAGUACGUUCUCCGAGAGGAGAAUCCCUACUGUGUGAAAUGUUAUGAGAGCCUGUACUCCAACACCUGUGAGGAGUGCAAGAAGCCCAUUGGCUGCAACACCAGGGACCUGUCCUACAAGGACCGUCACUGGCAUGAGGACUGCUUCAUGUGCUUCCAGUGCAAGCGCUCCCUGGUGGACAAGCCCUUCUCCACCAAGGACGAGCAGCUCCUCUGCACCGAGUGCUACUCCAAUGAGUAUUCCUCCAAGUGCCAUGAGUGCAAGAAAACCAUCAUGCCAGGUUCCAGGAAGAUGGAGCACAAGGGCAACAGCUGGCAUGAGACCUGUUUCACCUGCAAGAGAUGCCAGCAGCCAAUUGGUACCAAGAGCUUCAUCCCUAAGGACAACCAAAACUUUUGUGUGCCCUGCUACGAGAAGCAGUUUGCCAUGCAGUGUGUGCACUGCAAAAAGCCCAUCACCACUGGUGGGGUGACCUACCGUGACCAGCCCUGGCACAAGGACUGCUUUCUGUGCACCAGCUGCAAGCAGCAGCUGUCUGGCCAGAGGUUCACCUCCAGAGACGACUUUGCCUAUUGUCUAAACUGCUUCUGCAACCUUUAUGCCAAGAAGUGCGCCUCCUGCACCACCCCGAUCAGUGGUCUGGGGGGCAGCAAAUACAUUUCCUUCGAGGAGCGCCAAUGGCACAACGACUGCUUCAACUGCAAGAAGUGCUCCGUGUCCCUGGUUGGCCGUGGAUUCCUCACCGAGCGUGAUGACAUCCUGUGCCCCGAGUGUGGCAAGGACAUCUAACGUCCAUCUGACAGCUACGCCUGAUCACGUCAUCAAGAAAUCUUUAGUGUGACCGUGAAUGUACAUUGUUUUAAGCUACUAAUGGUGUUAACAGAACUUACGUUUAUUCAAGUUACUUGCACAAUCCCGGAGGAAGAAAAUUACUAAUGAAUUGUCUUUAUGCAUGAAUAAACAGCUUUGCCUAUGAAACAGUAAUAGCUGCAGGUGUUUGUUGCACUGUGAAAUAAAUCAGUGAUACUGCUGUAAAAUUUAAAA